AUGACCGAAGCUGCUCAGGCAUACGAGUUUCCUGCUAUUCCCUCUCAAAAGGAGUUGGACGACAAUGACAUUCCUUUUUUGAACAGAGACAAAUGUGCUGCUCAUUUGAUCACAUACUACAAGUGUCUCAAUAAGGGCACGUCGUUCUGUUCUGCUUCCAAGGAUCAAUUUUAUGAGUGCCAGUACAUUGCGUUGAAGGAGAGACUCGGCAAGAAGUAA